ACCUCUUUCCCGAACAUGAGAAGCUCCAGGACUUUUAUCCUCUUACCAUAUAACAUAGAAAUGGGUCACGCAGAUCACAACCCCAUGGAUGCACAACGUUUCGACCCCCUGCGGCGCACUAACAUGAGACUGGUCUCGCUUUUCAAAACCCACACUUCAGAUUUGGGGCUGGGCCUCUGCGUCGGGACCGAGCAAACGAGUGUGGGUGAUGUACGGUCGGACCAUGAGGUUGUAGUUGGUCUUGUCGAGGGAGGAGGUUUCGAUUUGGAGGGGUCGUGCCCAUCCCCUACGGACACAUGCACUACACGCGCCACUUCCUCUACGCCUGACGACGUAUAUGACCCCGUCGACAUCGUUGUCACACGCACCAUCAUCCAGCCUGAUCCCAAUCCCCGUCAUGGCCCUCGUAUGCUAUCUCGCCCACAGAUGGUGGUUAGGCGGAUGUUCUCGCGCUCGCCGUCUUCUACAAACACCUACUCUCUCUCUCAAUCUUCAUCAUCAUCUGUGUCACCGCGAUCCACCCCUCCUUCAUGCUUCAAGAGCCUGGUGCUCCAGGCGUUCAACUGUCUCAGCACAUCGUCAGCUUUUGAUAGCGAUGUGGAUGAUAUGAAGGCGCACAGGAUGAGGCCUGUGUUGCUGGUGAUUGUUAAGGAGACAAGGGAGAAGUACGAAGAUGAUCGGGCAUUUAAGGAGAUCGUCGGGACUGUCUUUCCUGCUGCUGGCGUGAGGGGUUGACGCUUGAGCUUGGUCUUUGCAUAGCGUGGGGUCAGAUGGUUAGCAAUGGUUUUUGCUGCAGCUCUGUAUUGCGUACAAUGAUUCCAUAUUAUAUUACAUAACUAACUUAAUAUCUGGGGAAUGUCUGUACACUUUUAUUGAUGUGUAUUUUAUAGUAACUUGCUUGUCAUCCAUCUUGUGUAUCUACUUCCGUGUUCACUAUGCAACAUCCUUCCAGCUGGUGGUACGCUGUACAGUGGCUAUGGGAGUUUUGUACCCAAAAUGGUCUUCGCUGGCAUGUGAAAGCAGUUGGAUUAUAUGUAUGCAUUUUGUCGACGAAUAUAAAA